ACUUAAACAUGCUUUAUUAACCUUCAGAAUCUCUUCAAAAACAGGCUUCAAAGCGAUAUGCCUUGAAAAAAGAAAUGCCUAUUUUAAAAUAAUUUCGAAAAAUAUACAAACAAUAUAAUUAAAAACCUCAUCCUCAUUUAAUCUAAAAAGACUUUAAAAGAGAAUAAUUAAGACAAAUAGAAUUAGAAGUUGAGAGUCUUUCGAAUUCUCUCUUACUCAACUCUGAUAUCUUUUCUAAUAGAAAAAUCCAAACUGAUUAAAAUAAAUUUAGUAAUGAUGAUUCUGAAUAUUCCCCAUUUUCGUAAAACACUUUCACAGAAGAGACUAUAUUAAAGGAACAAAAUAAAAAAGAAUUAGAUUUCAAUAUGUUAUAUUAAAUAUAUUUGGAGAAUCAAUUUACAGAAGGUAAUUGCAAUAAUUUACAUUAGAUAAGAAAUAAAGAUGUUUAGAAUGGUUAUCUAAAAAUUGAUUUAAUUAUUCGAGCGUUUAGGCAUUAUAUAAAUUACUAUAUCAUAACCACGACAUUGAUAUUAUGUAGUAGUUUGAUGAGUGGAGUUUUAGUGAUUUAAUAAUGCUUAUAUAAUAUAAAAUAUCUUUUCUGUUUAUUUUAGAACUCAUAAACUGAUUCACAAUUAACAAUGAAAAUUAAUUAAUCAUGAC